AUGAGCAGCAGCAGUGCAAAAAAUAGUAAUGCUAAUGAUGAUGACGAUGUUGAUGACCGCCACCGUGCUCCAGGGUUUCGCUUCUUUCCUACAGAAGAAGAGCUCGUAGGGUUCUAUCUCAGAAACAAGCUCGAGAAGAAGAGAGAGGAAGCUAUGGCACGCGUAAUACCCGUGCUCGAUAUAUAUAACUUUGAUCCUUGGCAACUGCCAGGAGGCGGCAAUGAGGACCGUGGGCAAUGGUUCUUCUUCUGUCCAAGGCAGGAGAGAGAAAUCCAUGGGGGGAGGCCGAGGCGAACGACCCCCACGGGGUACUGGAAGGCGACAGGGUCCCCGAGUUGGGUCUACAACUCGAGCAACCGAGAGGCUUGCAGGGUGAUCGGAGCCAAGAAGACGAUGGUGUUUUAUACAGGGAGAGCUCCCGGAGGUAGGAAAACCAAGUGGAAGAUGAAUGAAUAUAGAGCCCUUCAACAGGAUGUAGCCUCUUUGGCAAGUGGAGCUCCAAAGCUACACAGUGAGUUCAGUUUAUGUCGAGUGUAUCUAGGCACCCUCCGGUCCUUUGAUCGUCGUCCUCCGGUCACCACCGAGGCUGCUUCCUCCUCCACCGUGACUCCGCCGCCAGCCGAAGGCAGGAGCUCCAAUGACGGCUCGCACUCCGGUUCCUCCACCGUGACUCCGCCGCCAGCCGAAGGCAGGAGCUCCAAUGACGGCUCGCACUCCGGUAAUGACGCCAUUCAUAGGUCUGAGGAGGAGGCAGAAGGCGGAGAAAUUGACUGGGACUCACUGCUGCAGGAUUGGGACUGA